CAGGGAAGAAGGGGCUGAGAAGGAAGGAAGGAAGGAAGGAAGGAGAGAGGCCCCUCUGCCUUGCCUUGCCUUGCUUUGCCGGGGGCCCUCCGCUCCGUCUGCCGCCGGCUGGGAGGACGGCGCUGGCAUGCUAAUCGGGAGACACCCAGACACCCCCUCCUCCCUUCCAUCAUCCCUCCAUCCCUCCCUCCUUCUUCUCUCCCUCCUUCCUUCCUUCCUUCCUUGCCAGACCAAUCCUCCAGUCGGCAGAGGCGCUCACCUAGCCCCCUCCCCCGCACCCUCCAAGGCCAAGCCUGCCCUCGCCUGGCACCCAGCCCCCCAAAAGAAGGAUCGCCCCCCACCCAGCCCCCCCCCUUCCCCUCCGACCCGGGAGCAGCCUCCGGAGGGAAGAAGAAGAAGAAGACGAAGAUGUCCUUCCAAGGCAAGAAGAGCAUCCCUCGCAUCACGAGUGAUCGUCUGCUCAUCAAGGGAGGAAAGAUUGUCAAUGAUGAUCAGUCAUUUUAUGCUGAUAUCUAUGUGGAAGAUGGUUUGAUUAAACAAAUUGGUGAAAAUCUAAUUGUCCCUGGAGGUGUAAAAAUGGUUGAUGCUUAUGGCCAGCUAGUUAUGCCAGGUGGAAUAGAUGUCCAUACUAGAUUACAGAUGCCAGUGAUGGGAAUGACCUCUGCUGAUGACUUCUAUCAAGGCACAAAAGCAGCUCUUGCAGGAGGAACCACAAUGAUACUGGAUCAUGUCUUCCCUGAAUCUGGAGCAAAUCUGCUGACUGCAUAUGAACAAUGGAAAGAAUGUGCUGAUAGUAAAGCGUGUUGUGAUUAUUCUUUGCAUAUUGAUAUCACACGUUGGCAUGAGAGCAUAAAAGAAGAGUUGGAGGCUCUUGUCAAAGACAAAGGUGUGAAUUCCUUUCUUGUCUUCAUGGCUUAUAAAGACAAAUUCCAAUGCACUGAUGCUCAGAUGUAUGAGAUAUUCAGUAUUAUUCGAGAUUUGGGUGCCAUUGCUCAAGUACAUGCUGAAAAUGGAGACAUCAUUGAUGAGGAGCAAAAAAGACUAUUGGAAUUGGGGAUUACUGGUCCAGAGGGACAUGUUCUCAGUCAUCCUGAAGAGGUUGAAACUGAGGCAGUGUACCGUGCUAUUACAAUAGCGAAGCAAGCCAAUUGCCCCUUGUAUAUCACAAAAGUCAUGAGCAAAGGGGCUGCAGAUGUCAUAGCCCAAGCGAAGAGGAAAGGCACAGUUGUGUAUGGAGAGCCUAUUACUGCAAGCCUUGGUACCGAUGGCUCACAUUACUGGAGCAAGAACUGGGCAAAAGCAGCUGCCUUUGUGACCUCUCCUCCUCUUAGCCCAGACCCCACCACGCCUGAUUAUCUCACUUCUCUCUUAGCGUGUGGGGACCUCCAGGUAGUAGGCAGUGCCCACUGUACCUUCACUACAGCACAGAAAGCUGUUGGAAAGGAUAACUUUACCCUGAUUCCAGAAGGAACAAAUGGCAUUGAAGAAAGAAUGUCCAUCAUUUGGGAAAAAUGUGUGGCAACAGGGAAGAUGGAUGAAAAUGAAUUUGUAGCCGUGACCAGUACAAAUGCAGCAAAGAUCUUCAACUUUUACCCCAGGAAAGGACGGAUUGCUGUUGGUUCAGAUGCCGAUUUGAUUAUUUGGAAUCCUAAAGCUACAAACAUUAUCUCUGCAAAAACUCACAACAUGAAUGUGGAGUACAACAUAUUUGAAGGAACAGAAUGCCGUGGUGUCCCUACGGUGGUUAUAAGCCAAGGAAAGGUUGUGUUGGAAGACGGAAACCUCUUUGUCACCCAGGGCGUUGGCCGCUUCGUUCCUCGAAAGACAUUCCCUGAUUUUGUUUACAAAAGAAUAAAAGCAAGAAAUAGGCUGGCAGAAAUUCAUGGUGUUCCUCGUGGGCUUUAUGAUGGACCAGUACAUGAUGUCAUAGUAACUGCUAAAGCUGUGGCACCAACACCUACUUCAAGAAUAGCUACCUGUUCAGGCAAAAUACAGGUUCCUGCAAUCCGUAAUCUACAUCAGUCAGGCUUCAGCCUGUCAGGAUCUCAAGCAGAUGAUCAUGUUGCAAGACGUACUGCACAGAAGAUUAUUGCACCCCCAGGUGGACGCUCCAAUAUCACAUCUCUGUCUUAAUAAUUCAGGAUUUGAUUAUUCUGAAUUAACCUUGAUUAUUACUGAUUGGCCACACUUAGCUGCAUUUAAACCUUUUAAAAGUCCUAUAGCUUAAAUCUGCUCCUGUUGAAUUCAGUGGGACUUAAAAGUACUUAUCGCUGGCCAAUUUGUGGCCUUGAUUUUUAUUGAGGCAGAUGGAUUAGGGAGCUGAAUUUAAUAAUUCCUUUUAAAUUAUCAGUAAUUCUUAAAAGCCUCUGCCUUCUCUACACUCCCCAAGUACCUCUUCCUAUAUGACCAAGUGUUCAUAAAGUGAAAUUGCCAAGAACUUUUUAACAUUGAUUUUGGAUAUUCUAUACUGCCAGUUCAAAGGGCUUGGAUGGGAGUGUACCCCAUAGGAAUACGAUUUUACUUCUUACUCAGGAUAAAAAUUUCCCACUGUUCUUCUUGUAGGUAAAAAUAAAUACACCCAUUCCCCAUAUACAGAUACCCUCAAGUAUUAUAAAUACAUCUUCAAAAUUGCAGCAAAUCUUCAGAGACCCGCAUGUUAAUGUGUGAAGUUCUAAUGAAGUACUUUUGAAUUCUGUUCAGCUGAACUAGCUAUGGACACUAUCAGACGGAGACAAGCAUCCUGAAAAUGUGAUUAAAACAUAAUAGCAUGAUCGGAGGGUAGAUUAUCACACCCCCACAUGCUUCUCCCAUUGGUGUCCUGUGCGUAAACUGUAAUGGAUACAUCUUUGGGUAAUAAUGACUGUUUAUGCAUGGGAUAUGAAUGGGAGAAGCUCGUGGGGAUGUGAUAAUCUUCCCCCCAAUUGCACUAUUACCACAUUUUAAUCAUGUUUUCAUUAUGUUUGCCUCCUGUGUGAUAGAGUCCUGUGUCUUAAGUUACAACAAAGACAUAUUUAUAUAUUUGGUUCAGAGUCUUUCUAUUAGUGAUCCAUGCUAUUUCUCUAAUAAUGACUUUUACUAGGAAUGACCCUUGUACUAUUUUAACACAAACAACUUAUUCCUAGUUUUUUGGGUUUUUGUUUAAUUGAGAAGAUCUACCCAAAUAAUUCUGAAUACUCAGCUUCCUUGCUACCAUGCAUAGAUAAUGUGAUUUGUUUACCUUAACCAGAGAAGUUGUUUAUCAGAAUGCCUAAACCUUGGUUAAGGGUUACCUGGGAGAUUGAAAGAUGAAAACAUGAUUUGAAGUGGAUUUUGAAACCAUGGUUUGGGUUAACCAUGCUUAAGUAAUACUUCAGCACCAAAUAAACUGUGAUUAAAAACAUUUUGCAAGAUAACAAGCAGGUUUCUCUUUUAAUUUUUCUUUACCUGCUUAACCAAGUCACUGUUCCACUAUACAUUUGCACUCUAAACCAGGAUAAGGCAAAAAACCAUGGCUAGUGCUAACCAUGGUUAGGUGCUACGUCUACACUUGCCUUAUAGGCUUCAAACACGUUGCCAACAUCAUCCUAACAAUUAGGACUCUUUCAUCUAGUAGAUUGCUGUAAGGAAAUUUCUUAAAAUUUUACAUUUGCAAUGUACCAGUAACCAUAUAGCAAGCCACAGGUAGCAUAUGACAGACUUUGACUGAUUUGCAUCAGAUCUCACUGGGAGAUCCUUGAACAUAUUUUAGAAACCAUUGUCACUCAGUAUCAUUGUGACAGCAUGGAUAGAAGAAAUACAAGUGUGGUCUAAAUGUUCAUGGAAUUAGAUGUCAUAGUGUCAUUUUAGAGCUGGUAUAAAAAUGCAUUUAGACUUUAUUUUAAAAUAAAGCUGAAUUUCUGGAACAUGGACACCAUUGUGGAAGUUCCAGUAUGGUUGUAGCUUUUUUUGUUAAGUCUUGGAUUUUUAAAAAAACAAAUUAUUUAUACAGGUUUUUUUUUUCAAGUAACAGGAAAUAGGUGUAUUUGAAGGUCAGCUGCAUAAAGUCAACUUUUUAUAAAGCUUAUAACAGGUUUAUUAUAUUUAAAGCUAUGUACAGCAAAUGUGAUCUUAUAUAUUCCAUAUCAUUCCGUAAAAUGAUGACUGUGACUUGUUACACAAAAUUGUUUGAUCUGCCGUUCACGUUUAAUAAACUUUCCUGGAAAUUGGCUAAAUCACAA